UCCUUCCUACUUGCCCGAAAAUUUCAGAAACAAAGAAACCAAACUCAACCUCCGUUAUUUCGCUCUCCAGACUUCCAAUAUGACCGGAGAGCACACUCCUCCGCCGCCACCGCCGGUGGGUCCUGACGAUCUGAAGUCCCCACUUCUUCCACUUCACGGACCGAUCCAACGAACAAAGUGCGGUGUGAAAUCCAUUUUCACGCUAAAAAAUUUCUUUGUAAUAUUGGGUCCCUUACUGUCCCUGCUCAUCGCCUUGUUCGUCAAGCUGAACGGAGGUAAAGAUAACAGCGGGAAGAUGCUGGCCGUGUUCGCGUGGGUGUUCACGUGGUGGGUGACGGAGGCGGUGCCGCUUCCGGUGACCUCCAUGUGCCCACUCUUUCUGUUCCCUCUCUUCGGAAUAGCUUCGGCCGAUAACGUGGCUCACUCGUACAUGGACGACGUGAUUACGCUUGUUCUCGGAAGCUUCAUUCUCGCCCUCGCCGUCGAGCGCUACAACGUCCACAGAAGAUUGGCCUUGAAUGUGACCAUGAUGUUCUGCGGCGAUCCUCUGAAUCCACCACUACUGUUAUUCGGUCUCUGCGCGACGACAUUCUUCGUGAGCAUGUGGAUGCACAACGUGGCGUCGGCGGUGAUGAUGAUGCCGGUGGCGACGGGGAUCCUGCAGCGGAUGCCUGCGAAGGAAGAGCAGUCGCGAGUGGUGAACAAGUUCUGCAGGGCGGUGGUGCUGGCGGUGGUGUACGCGACGCCGAUCGGAGGGACCAGCACGCUGACGGGGACAGGUGUGAACCUGAUACUGGUGGGGAUGUGGAAGAGCCUGGCCCCGGGAAGUAAGCCCAUCAGCUUCAACAAUUGGUUCUUCUUUGGAUUCCCUGUGGCCGUUCUCCUCCUGUUCGCCUUCUGGUCGAUCCUGUGCCUGCUCUACAUCCCACGGGGUUCGGGUCGGGCUUUGGCUCCGUAUUUGGAGAAAGCCCACCUGAAGAGGGACCUGGAAGCCUUGGGUCCGAUGAGUUUUGCUGAGAAGAUGGUGCUGAGUGUGUUUGGGCUGCUGAUAGUACUAUGGAUGACAAGGAGGAUCACAGACGACAUUCCUGGAUGGGGAGCUCUCUUUAAUGGUCUUGUUGGAGAUGGCAGCGUCAGUGUCCUGGUGGCAGUGUUGUUGUUCAUAAUACCAAACAGGAAGGGAGAGGGAGAGAAGCUAAUGGACUGGAACGAGUGCAAGAAGCUGCCGUGGAAGCUGAUCUUACUUCUGGGAGCUGGCUUCGCCUUAGCCGACGGCGUCCAGUCGAGCGGCUUAGCCGAUGUGCUGUCCCGCAGCCUGAGCUUCCUGGAAAACGCACCGUUUUGGGCCAUAGCUCCACUGGUGAGCCUGAUGAGCAGCAUCAUCACUGAGUUCAUCACCUCCAACGACGCCACAGCCACGCUGCUGAUCCCGCUGCUGUACCACAUCGCACGCACCAUGCACGUGCACCCCCUCCUGAUGAUGGUCCCAGGCGCCAUGGCCACCGAGUUCGCCUACUGGCUUCCGACAUCCACCCCCUCCAACGUCGUUGGUUUCGCCACCGGUUACAUCGAGAUCAAAGACAUGCUCAAGAUCGGUGUCCCUCUUAAGGUUGCCGGUAUCGCUGUCCUCUCCUUGCUCAUGCCUACGUUAGGAGCUAUUGUGUUUGGAACAGCUGAUGAUAAUCAGAGGAACAAGAUCAUAGACUCUCGCUGGUUGUUGCGGACUUGAUUUUGUUUUUUGUUUUCCUUGCCUCCAAAAUCCUUGGUCAUUUUCACGGAGCAUUCUUUAUCCAAGAGAUGAAGACAAACUCAAAGUGUGGAGUGGCAUUGGCAUUAUAUAUACAGCCAGGUUCAGGAAAGUAAAAAUACCAUCCUGUGUUAUACCAUAUAUAUCAGCUAAGAUGUUCAUCCAUCUGCUUUGUUGUAUUUUUUGAAUGAAUGAAUGAAAAGUGUUUUAUAGGUAUAGUGCUAUUCAUUAGA